AUGUAUGACGCCAAAAAACUACGCCGUCCGGCUAGAGUGCAUAAAGACAUGUCUAUCAGCAUCGUCAAAUCCAUGACUGCAUCAUCCCGAUCCGAUGAGCACUGGCUGCCAGAUGCCAGUCACCUCCUCGAAACUCACCGCUUUUGCUCUACCUGUGCUCUCCUCCGAGGUGAAGCACGAUGCUUCCUCUACCUCUCCUCCUCCUGCAACACCACGGGUCACCCAUCCACCACAAGCCGCACCAUCACCAACACCAUCACACAACGCUACAGCUCCUCAAACAAAGAAAUGGAGAUGGUCUCCCUGCGCCCGCAGGACAUCAACGAGCUCAUCAACGACGUCAUGUCCAGGACGCACCGCGACCUCCGCCGGCGCGCGCCCUCCAUCGCCGACGCGAACCGCAUCCAGGAAAUCACCUCGUCCACGCCGCAGCACAACGCCAUCGUCAAGCGCCGCCGCAGCUCGGCCUCGCCCAUCUCCAUCGCCUCGACGCCGCCGCCCCGGCGAGCGGCGCCGCGCAGGCUCAAGACGGAGCGCGACAGGCUGUUUGACGCCAUCGAGGCGGGCGACGCCUACCCGCUCGAGGCGGUGCACAUCAGGAGCGCGGACGACCUGAACGAGGCGCAGCUCAAGAAGUGCUACGAGAUCCUGCAUGCGUGCGGCAGCGCGACGGAUCCGAAUGCCAGCCUGACCAAGACGAGGCAGAGCAUCGACGGGUUCCUGGAUGCCGUGUUUAACGACUGGUCGAGUCGCAAGGCUGGGUCUUUGCUGCGCUCGGAGCUGGAUUUCCUGGUGGAGGCGGAUGUUGUCGCAGGGCGGGUGUGUGCAAAGCCUCAAGAACACAAAGACAUUGCCGACUGCGACGCCGGCGGCUCUCUCUGCGCAGCGACAGUCUCCGCCGUGGCGACGUACUGCAGCAACCCGCCCAUGUUCAAGCUCGAGUUCUCUGUCGUCGACGAGCUCUCCGGCCAGCCCGAGCCCAUCUGCCCCAUUUCGCGGCGAGACGUGCGCUGGGCGGCGGACGGCGACUGGGUGGCCGAGCUGCGCAAGGGCCUGCAGGCCAAGGUCGUGGCCAAGAUUCACAAGCACAACAAGCACCUGGCGAUCUGGCAGGCGCGCAAGCUCAUCGGCGAGUGGGCAAAGGGGAGCCUGUCGAUGGGGGAGGAGGCGAAGAAGAUGGGCUUUUUGGAGAGGGCGGAGGCGGACGUGGCGGUUCUUGGGCUUGGGGGGGUGUUGGGGGCAAAGUAG